UUAGGAAUCAUUAUUUGAGCCACCAUGCGCCCCCUGAAGGAAGAUAGCGCAAAUUAAAUAUUAGAAACUUUUGCUUCUUAGUGGACACGUGUGUUUACAUACACGUCAGCAGGAAAUAAGACUAACUGCACCAACAUGAACAGACAGGAUUCUCUUGGUGAAGUGCCAUUAUUUCAUGAGGAUGAAAAUGCGUUUAGAGAAAAGAAAUCAAACAUCAAACAUCCUCUGGCCUGUUUCUUUCAUCUCUUCUUCCGCACAAGUGCAAUCCUGAUCUACCUCUUUUGUGAGUUUCUCAGCCGAAGUUUUAUUGCCAACAUGGUGACCAUCAUUUUACUUCUGUCAUGUGACUUCUGGACAGUAAAGAAUGUGACGGGACGACUGUUGGUGGGCUUGAGAUGGUGGAAUCAGGUUGACGAAGACGGUCACAGUCAUUGGAUGUUUGAAUCCAGAUCAGGAACCAGUAAAAACGUGGUCUCAAAUUCCGAUUCACGGAUUUUCUGGAUUGGCCUGAUCGUGUGUCCAUUGUUUUGGGCUUUCUUUGUGUUUAGCUCUCUAUUCUCCUUCAACAUAAAGUGGUUGGCGGUUGUGAUCAUGGGAGUUGUGCUGCAGUGGGCAAACUUAUAUGGAUAUAUGCGAUGCAAAGUUGGUGGUGCAACCAAACUGAAGAACAUGGCAACUAAUUACUUUGGCCUUAAGCUCUUCAAAAAGGUAGUAGACCAACCAGAGGGACCAUAAUUUGACUGUGGCUGGCUUAAUUUAACUGACUAGCAAGUUCUUCUCCUUAUUUUGUCUGGAUGGGCUAUUUUUUCAGUCGAAUUACUAUGUUUAUGGUGAAUUCUUCUUUCCUCGUCAUGUUUCCAUUGACAGCUUUUCUUUUUUGCUAGCUUUGUCAAACUUUGUGUUUCCUUAUCAGUGAUUAUCUGUUCGAAAAAUGAUUUGUUUGAAACUUCAAAACAUUAAAACGCAUUAAAAUAUUUUGAGUACUGCACUGAGCUGAGGAAUAUGUCUUAAUAUUAAUUUCAAUUAUAAAACAUUGUAAAGUCUCUUUAGUCUGUCGGGACACUGUGUUAUUCUUCAGGUUUUCUCCAGGUGCUGCUGUUGCUCCACAUAAAAUGUGCUGCUUUGGAAACUAAGUUAAUUUACCUUUAAACAUUACUUGAGAAUAUAUGUACUAAAAGUGAGAAUAGCGGCAGUCCUUAAUAAAAUUUUCUCCAGUAAAUUUAGUCAGUAAUAGUUAGUAAGGUAGCAUUUAAGUUUGGGGAUGGUGUAAGAUGAAGGGAUCAAAAAAAUAUGGUCAUGCAGAUUAAGGCAUUAAUAUGUGUUUAAUAAGUACUAAUAAAGUAUUUGCCUCAAAACUGAA